AACCACUAUACUGAAGAGAAAGCACCUGAAAAAUCCAAGUUCCACCUCUGUCUUCUAUCUCAUAGCAAAGUCAUUUGCCUUGACGAAGUAGAAGUAAAAGUAACAGUUCGGUUCGAUAGACGGAAGAUCUACCUAUCGCAGAGUGUCGAAUUUAAAGAAAAUAUCGCAAUGAUUUCCGUCCUCCAAAGAAGUGCAAGACGAUUUUUUAUGUGAAUUGAAGUGCUGAAGAGUUGGUGCAGUAUGGUUGACAGAAAUGUCCAUGCAAAAUAGUGAUUUCAAACGGAAUAUUCUGAAUUUUAAAGAACCGUAGGAGCAGACAAUAAAAAUGAACACCGUUUUGUAUGCCGCUGCUGUCUUCUUCUUGCUGCAAGUCUAUGGGGGUUAUAUACCUCCAGGUCCAAAGUACCGAUGCCCGAAGGAGAAGUUACUUCUGCAUCCUUGUUGGUGCACAAAGGAAUCAGAUGAAGGACUAGAAGUAGCUUGCAACAACACUAAUUUAGCCAGUAUGAGCGUGGCUCUGAAUAACUUAGCUACCUACGAUAUGCCCAUUGAAAGGUUGACGAUAUACAAGUGCCAUAUAAGGCGGCUGUUCGGCAGUCUUCUGUAUAAACUGCAAUUACGAGUACUGGAGAUUAGGGACACUCCGAUCGAGACGAUAGAGGAGCAUACUUUGCUCGGAGUUAAUGGAACCUUGAAGGAGCUGCAUCUGAUCAACACGAGCCUGGCCGAGUUCCCGAAAUUGGCAUUCAGGAUCCUGAGCCAACUGACCAUCCUCAACGUGGACCAGCACAAGAUGACCAAUCUACCCAAAGACAUUCUUUCAGAUAGUGCUAUGACAGGUACUCUUCUGAAGCUUUAUUUGAGCAAUGGGCUGCUUGACACACCACCCGUUGAGGCGUUUCAGCCCUUGAGGAAGCUGAAGAUCUUGGAUCUUCAUGGCAACAACAUGGUAACCCUUGUUCGGAACCAAUUCAGGGGUCUUAGAGAUGUGGAGAGGUUAGAUCUGAGCUUCAACAAGAUCAAGAAGAUCGAUGGUUCACAUAUGGCAGAUCUGACGAAGUUGGGGUGGCUGAAUGUUUCUCAUAAUGCUCUCACGGAGAUCACAAGAGGUGCCUUCGCGAGGAACACAGUUCUGAAAGUCCUCAACAUGUCCCACAACAGCAUAAAGAGGUUAGAUUCGAACACAUUCAGAGGAAUGAGAUUCCUAAGAAGAAUUUAUUUAUCGGACAAUAAAAUAUCCGACGUUGCCAGAGGAACCUUCGCAUCUUUGACAAGGAUUGGAACCAUAGAUCUGGCAAGAAAUUUGCUGGAGAAGGUUGAUUAUCAGAUGUUUUAUCAACUGAAUUAUUUGGAGCUCAUCGAUCUCUCGCAAAAUAACAUUACGGAGGUCCAGAAGCUGUCGUUCAAGGAUGUGUAUUUUGCGAAAAUCGAUCUAUCCAGGAAUAAUAUCAGCGUGAUUGAGAACGGGGCGUUCGAGAACUGUGCAAACAUAUCCGUUCUGGACCUCUCGCACAAUUCCAUAGACUCCUUCGCAAGGAAAGUGUUCGACGAGACCACUUACGCUGCAGAGCUGAGGUUGUCGUAUAAUAAGUUGACUUCUUUGAACGAGGUGCCACUGGCCAACAUGUCAGGCUUAAAAAUUCUGAACGUGUCCCACAACGAACUAAUAAAAAUUCCCAAAUCCACCUUCCCGAAGUUGUACGAACUUCACACCAUAGAUUUAUCCCAUAACAACCUGACUGAAAUUUUCAACUCCGUCUUCCAGACUUUGUUCUCCCUCAGGUUCCUGAACUUGAGCUACAAUCACAUGAAUGCCCUUAAGCCCAGUACUUUCGGUGCCCUGCCCACCCUUCUGGAGUUGGACAUGAGCCAUAAUCUCUUGAAGAAGAUAGCCAGAGGGGCCUUUACACGAUUGGACGGCAUGAGGCGACUCCUGAUUCAGGGCAAUAUGUUAGGGGAGGUCUUUACCAUCCCCCAAUCAGUGUCCUACCUAGACCUUUCCAAUAAUCAGCUGACUCAUCUGCCAGACAAACUGUGGCCGUCUAUGAACUCCUUGCUGGAGCUCGAUCUGGGCAAUAAUCAGCUGGCCGACAAUCUGACCAGCCAAAGUUUCAGCGGUCUCUUGACCGUGCAACGGCUUCAUUUGAACAAUAAUGGAAUUCAGAAGCCACCUUACGAAGCCUUGAAAACUUUGAGUUCGUUGCAGUAUUUGUAUUUACAGGACAAUAAUAUCACCAUGUUGGGCAAAGCCGCCUUCGGCAAUCUACCUGUAGUUUUCGAGCUGAAUCUGGCGAACAACAGCAUCCGUAAUGUGAGCGUCAGAGCUUUCGACGGGCUGUUGCAGCUGCUGACUCUCAAUUUGACCAACAACAACAUCUCCUACAUACCGAAUGGAGCUUUUCAUGGUUUAGUUGCCCUGACGACCUUAGAUUUAUCGCACAAUAAGUUGGAAAAACUGGAUAACAAAACGAAUGGACUCCUAGACGACUGUCUCUCAUUGCAACGGGUGAAUCUGAGUCACAACAAAAUAAGUUUCGUGACUAGGAAGACCUUUCCAAGCGACCCUUACAUACCUUACAAGCUGAAAGAAGUGGACCUGAGUUACAACGCCAUGCCUAUCAUAACUUUCGAUCUGACUAUUGGCACCAAGAAGCUGGAGAAGUUAAAUUUGUCCCACAACGCUAUUUCGGAUAUCAGAAGGUGGGUUAUCGGCAAUUUGACAAAAUUGAGCGUGCUGGAUCUAUCCAACAACAAACUAGCAGACUUGACAACUGACAAAGAGAUAUUCAAGCUACCUCCAAAUCUGACUGAGCUCUAUUUGGCAGACAACCGUCUUGGGAAUUUACCUUGGAAGACGCUGACCAAUCUGACGCAGCUUGAGGUGCUAGAUUUGAGGAGGAACAACUUUAAUACCAUCAACAGAGAUCUGACCCACAUCAUUACUAAAAAUGUUAGCGUUUUCUUUGAAGGUAACCCCCUUCGAUGUGAUUGUUUCCUGAGACCUUUGAAACGCUACUUCAAUGAUCAUCUGGCUCUGCCACCGCAGUACAAAGAGCUGAGAUGCACCCAACCCACAUUCCUUGCUGAGAAGAAGUUCCACUACAUUUCAGAUACUCUUCUGAACUGCCCUUUCAAUCUGAACAAUUCUAAGGUCCUAGAGGAGAUGCAGGAAGACUACGAUAUUACGCCUGACUUCAGAUUUAGAAGGAUAGAAAUAAAAGACAACAAAAUCUUCCUGAGAUGGAGAGUGAUGAAACGAGAAGCCGACAUAGCAGAUACAUACGUAGUCAUCAGAAACCUAAAACCCCACUCCAACGUCCCAGAGAAGCCGUUCUUCGAAAGGACGCUGCAGUAUUUCAAGCGUAGCGUCGAUAUCGACUUGGACGCCGAGCUCAGGAAGCAUCUGAACCACUCCUGCAACCUCCAAGUCUGCAUCCUGGGAUCCACGAGUCAGCACAUCAUCAGGUCCUUCUAUUCCAGUCAGUGCAAGGAUAUGUGUGAUCUUACAGUCAAGGCUAGUGGCGCUUCAAGAAAUCAAAAUGUGAUAUUGUUGACAUUUUUCAUAUCUGUAUUUAUUUUCACGUUUGAUUUGUUUUAAUAAAGAUGUUUGGUGGA